UUCCAGACACUUAUGGGAUAAGACCAAACCAAGAGCUGCGUUUGAGUUUGACAGCACCAGCAGCUUCAACAUGGGGAGGAUUGCUAAAGAGGUUUCCGGACAGGUCCUGUGCUUCAUUGGAUUCAUUGGCAUAUGUGUCUGCUGUGGCAUUCCCAUGUGGCGCGUCACUUCGUACAUCGGUGCCAACAUCGUCACGGGCCAGAUCGUCUGGGACGGCUUGUGGAUGAACUGUGUGGUCCAGAGCACAGGACAGAUGCAGUGUAAAGUCCAAGACUCAAUCAUGCGACUGACCCAGGACUUGCAAGCGGCACGUGCGCUGACCGUCAUCGCAAUAGUGAUCGGCUUUGUUGGGAUGCUCUUGACGUUUGUGGGAGGCCAGUGCACCAGCUGUCUGAAGAAAGAGUCCUCCAUGGCCAAAGUGGUGAUUCUUGGUGGCAUCCUGUGUAUUAUAGCUGGAGUCGUCUGUCUCAUUCCUGUCUGCUGGUCCUCAGCCUACACCAUCUCAGAUUUCCAGAGCGUUCUCACAAUCGAGACCCAAAAGAGGGAGCUUGGGGCAUCCAUAUACAUUGGCUGGGGCAUUCUAGGCCUGUCCCUGGCCAUUAUCGGUUUCUUGGGAGCGAUUAUUAUUUGUGCCCUUCCUAUGUGGAAGAUGUCUGCGUUCAUUGGAGCCAACAUUGUGACAGCACAGAUCAUCUGGGAGGGCUUGUGGAUGAACUGUGUAGUCCAGAGCACAGGACAGAUGCAGUGCAAGAUCUAUGACUCACUCCUGGCUUUACCUCAGGACCUGCAGGCUGCUCGGGCGCUUCUGAUCAUCGCCAUCAUUAUCUGCCUCUUUGGGCUCAUCCUGGGGAUUGCCGGUGGAAAAUGCACCAACUUUGUUGAGAGGGACGACAGCAAGGCAAAGGUGGCUAUUGCCAGUGGUGUGAUCUUCAUCGUCGCUGGAGUGCUGGUCCUGGUCCCCGUCUGCUGGUCAGCUAACAGCAUCGUCAGGGAUUUCUACAAUCCCAUCCUCAUAGAUGGCCAAAGAAGGGAGCUCGGGCCUUCUCUCUAUAUCGGAUUCGGUGCGGCUGCACUGCUGCUCCUUGGAGGAGGUAUUCUGUGCAGCUCCUGCCCACCUAAAGAGGAAAAAUACAACAUCAAGUACUCUCAGCCACGGUCCACUGCCACCAGCAGAGCCUACGUCUGAAAGUAAUCAAGCAUGCAAAGACCUUUUUACUUACAAAAAACUAUUUUUUCCCAUCUCUGUUUUUGUUUCCCAAGGAGAAACGAAGGAAGGACAGUCUCUGAUAUGGCGUAGUUUAUUUACUGAGACUUUGUGCUGUGAUUCUACAGAUCACUGAAUGAGAAAGUAUGCAUUUAUAAUGUGAUGAGAGGAAUCUAACUCAGUGAAGCUACGGAGAUCUGAAACUGUUUUUUUUAUUUUUUUUUAUUUUUUUUUAUUUUAUUAUAGAAACAAGCUGUUCUCGUUUUUGUUUUAUGUAUUUUUAUGUUCAAUAUGACAAUAUGAAUAGUUCCAUUAAUCAUUAUGGGUAUCUGACUGUUAAUCAAUUACAAAGGCCAUGGUUUUAUAAAAUGUGCAAUAACCAUCUACAUUUAUCUAACAUAAAUAAGUUUUUUUUGUGCAAAGAUGUCUUAAUCAGUAAAUUUGUCUUACUUUUGUUUAUUAAAAUUAGUGCUUCUGUAAAUCAAUUUAUUAAUACUGCAUUGGCUUAAUUUCAUAAUAAUAUUUUGACAGUACUGAAUUUUCUCACAUCAAAGAAAACAUUAUAGAUUUUGCAAAAACUGUUGAAAAUAGUGACAGAGAUGUUAGAGAAGAACUCCUUUAAAACCGGUUUUAGCAGUGUUGUUAAACAAAUCUCUAUUUUGCUGUGAAAAAAAAAUUAUAAUAAACAACAAUCAUGCAUA